GAGAGAGAGAGAGAGAGAGAGAGAGAGAGAGAGAGAGAGAGAAAGAGAGCGAGCGAGAGUGCGCGAGAGAGACAGAGGGAGAGCGAGCGAGAGUGCGCGAGAGAGACAGAGGGAGAGCGAGAUCAUGACGACGGCGAGCCCCCAGCAACAUCUGGACCCAGCGGCGGCAGCAGCACCUAACCCUAUGGACACAGACAUGCUGGGGGGGAUGGAGAGCUCACCCGACGCGUCAACCAAAGUGAAACCCAAAGGGACCUCCGGCAUGAGACGCACCGAGAAGCCUCCUUACUCCUACAUCGCCCUGAUAGUGAUGGCCAUCCAGAGCUCACCCACCAAGAGACUCACCCUGAGCGAGAUCUACCAGUUCCUGCAGGCACGCUUUCCCUUCUUCAGGGGGUCGUACCAGGGCUGGAAGAACUCAGUGAGACACAACCUCUCCCUGAACGAGUGCUUCAUGAAGCUUCCCAAAGGUCUCGGCCGACCAGGCAAGGGGCACUACUGGACCAUCGAUCCGGGCAGCGAGUUUAUGUUUGAGGAGGGCUCGUUUCGACGCAGGCCUCGCGGAUUCCGCAGGAAGUGCCAGGCUUUGAAGCCCAUGUACCGGAUGAUGAACAGCUUCGGGUUCGGGCCACCCAUGCUGCAGCAAAACUUUGAUUUCCAGUCGACGUCUGCUGCGUCGUUGCCCUGUCACGCCAACGGUUACAACAUUGACUUCAUGGGGAACACGGUGCCAGGCAACUUCGAGGGGCUAGGAGGGGGGCAUCAUGUCGCACACAUGUCACAGAGCCCCGGGUCAUCGUAUAUGAGUUCAUGCCAGGCCAACUCAAACCCGGAUUAUUGCCCUGAGAACAGUAAUAGCCCAUUGCAAUCGUCCCCUGGAAUGGUGGCAUCUCUGGAUUGUCAGUCACCCUAUGCCAACAGCAACUCGCAUUGGGCAGCAUCGCCUUCUGUCCCCACGUAUAUCAAAUCGCAAUCGAUGGCCUCGAAUUCCUCCACGUAUUCCGCUCUGCAUCACUCAGGGAUGUCGCCUUACUCUCUCGACCAGGGCUAUCUUCAUCACGGGGGAAGGGAUGGUGCUGACACGUCAGUGGGACUAUCUCGGUACUCAAGCCAUUCAGCACCAGGGUGCGACAGAAAGGACUUUGUUUUGAACCUCAACGGGAUAUCCUCCUUCCAUCCCAGUACCAGUGGCUCUUACUACCACCAGUUCCCCCAUCAUCACCAGUAUCAAGACGUGAAGCCCUGCCUGAUGUGACCCCAGAGCACUGACCCAACUUUCGUUCCCAAAUUAACGAAAUCCUCAGACUCAUUAUAAAUGAAACAGCCAAUGUAAAAAAAAAAAGAAUAGGGCCUACAUGAAUUCAUAGGGAAUAUUAUACUUCGCCGAACGAAUUGCUAUAAAAAGUGAAGUGGCUUGGCAUGCAUUUGUCUUCAGUGUUGGUAUUUCCGAGUGAAUUACAAUUUGUCAAUGU